CUGUGCGUGUCCGGACGGACAGUUUCUGUGUAUCAUUUGCUGGAGGAAAUUGCUGUUGCAAGCUGAGAGUCCUCAGCAUGGAAAUUUUGCUAAAGACAAUAUUCCCCUACUUCUGGAAAGAGAUGCUAUUCCUAAAGACCAAAUUCAAUAUUUAUUAACAUCAGAAAUACCCCAUAAUUUCAAGUUGUUUACAAUGGAAGGAAAUUCCAUUUGUAACAGAGCAGCUGUCGUAUUCCUCAUAAGUUUUCGACAGUUGUGUCUAGUGACAGUUUCCCUACCACUUUGUGCAUUGCUCAUUUGUUUUGUUACUGCAUAUAUCUUCCAACAAGAUGACAUCCAUGAGACUCAUUGCAGGGUGUACAAUGUCAUCCCCUCAAUUAGUGCCAUCACUGGCAUCAGUCCUCAGAGAUAUCUUUGGAGGACCUGCAUAGCAUUUCACAUUGGACCACGGGUCAUAAUAGCAUCUGUAUAUAAAAUUCAUUACCGCUAUCUGCUGUCAAAGCUGUAUAGUGAACCAAAUGCCACAGCCAACAGGCUCCUGAAUCUCUGUUACUGGCUGAACAUGCUCGAGAUUGGAGCUCUGUGUGGAGUUACGUAUGUUUCCAAUCGAGAAAACUAUCCUGCACAUGAAAAAAUAUUCAUCACUUUUAUGAUUGGAUCAUUAAGUUACAUGCUUGUGACCUUGAAAGUUUUCAAAAUGGUUAAACCAACUAUGACAGAAAGUGAAAGGCGUUCAUAUUUUAUGAAAAAGGUUCUGUUUGGAACAUCUAUUUGCAGUACUGCUGGACUGUUAGUCUUCUUCCUCAAGCAUCGACUGUUAUGCCAUGAAAUGGCUUUCAGUUGGUUCUCUCUUUGUGAGUACAUCAUAGCUUGUGCCAACAUGGCCUUCCACUUCACAGUGGUCAUGGACUUCCCUACAGAGAACCUUGUUGUUGUCCAAGGUUCAUCUUCUGUGCCGCUUCCACUUAAUUCUGUGGAUUCAGAACAAAAAGUGAAAUAGUAACUCAGGUAUUUUUGCCAUGUCAAGUACUAAAGUGUGACACUGCCGUUACUUGCUUUUCUUGGAAUGGGAUAGCCAGUAGUGGCACAGGUUGUUUUUGAUGUACAACAUU